CUGGUACGAUCACGUGGUCUUCCAAGAUGGCCGCGCCCUGCAGGGGAGAAGCACUGAAGCAGAGAGCUGUGCAAAGCAGGUUUUAUUGACAGUUGACGAGCUGCAGGUCGCGUGUGUUAUCUUCAGAGAGAAACAGAGGAGCAUCUGAAAGUGUGUGACAUCUCCUCAGCCCUGCAGACAUGAGCAAGGACGAGAUAAUCCUCCCCAAGGACUUCCCUCAGCUUCAGAAUGAUACAUUCCUGCGAGCAACAAGAGGAGAAGAGACUGAGCAUGUUCCUGUGUGGUGUAUGAGACAGGCAGGAAGAUACCUACCAGAGUUUCGUGAGUUCAGAGCGGGGAAGGACUUCUUCGACACAUGCAGGUCACCCGAGGCCUGCUGUGAGCUCACUCUGCAGCCUCUGAGACGUUAUCCAUUCGAUGCUGCCAUCAUCUUCUCUGACAUCCUGGUGAUCCCACAGGCUAUGGGUAUGGAUGUCCAGAUGGUCCCAGGUAAAGGUCCCACAUUCCCAGAGCCCCUGAAGGAGCCAGAGGACCUGCAGCGUCUGAAAGCCCAAGUGGACGUGAACAAAGAGCUGAGCUACGUCUUCAAAGCCAUCACACUGACCAGACACAAGAUAGAGGGCAAAGUGCCGCUCAUAGGAUUCACUGGAGCUCCGUGGACACUAAUGUCCUACAUGAUUGAAGGCGGAGGCUCAAACACCCACUCUAAGGCAAAGCGCUGGCUGUACCGGCACCCUGAGGCGAGCCACAUGCUGCUGAGGAUGCUGACAGAUGUGAUCGUGCAGUAUCUGCUGGGACAGGUGGCAGCUGGAGCUCAGGCUCUACAGGUGUUUGAGUCCCACGCAGGUAUUCUGGGCCCGGCUGAGUUUAAAGAGUUUGCUCUGCCGUACCUUCGAGAUAUCGCUCGAAGUGUCAAAGAUAAAAUGAAGGAGUCAGGACAAGUCGUCCCCAUGAUUGUUUUCGCAAAGGAUGCCCACUACGGUCUGGAGGAGCUGUCUCAGUCCAACUAUGAGGUGGUCGGACUGGACUGGACUGUUGACCCAAGAUCUGCACGGGAGCGCACAGGAGGGAAGGUCAGCCUGCAGGGAAACAUGGACCCCUGCGCUCUCUACGCUCCAAAGGAAAAGAUUUCUGAAAUUGUGAAGAAGAUGCUGGAGGGUUUCGGCACGAGAGGCUACAUCGCAAACCUAGGCCACGGUCUCUACCCGGACAUGGACCCAGAGAACGUGGGCGCCUUCGUCGAAGCGGUGCACAAGCACUCUAAACAGAUGAUCAAGCAAAUGUAAAGAUGGAUGAGUCUGUGUAAGCCAAAGCAGUUUAAGAGUCCAUUCCCUGAGAUGAAAAAAUCAAAACAGAACCAGAAAUGAAUGACACACAAAAACAUUCAGAUCUUCAUAAACACUGACAUCUUCUCCUUCAUUCUCUCUCACUGCAGGUUGUAAGGAUAAAUAAACAAGCUGUUGUUUCAUAAGCAAAGAUUUCUGCUGGUCUCUAACGUUGAUCUGAGCAGAGCGGAUUAUGUGUUUUUAUUCCAGAGGGAUGACAUCCCCUUUUCCAAAGACAUUUAGAUGUGUGCUGUAUUUCUAUGAUUAUUGGAUUUAUUCAAAAUUGCUCAAACAGCUUUGACUUGUUGAUGAAAAAUAUUCGUCAUCCAAUCAAAUGUAUUAUAAUGUCGCUGCAGCACUUAGAAACACAAGCCUGUCAGAGGCUCUUCAUGGGGACAAAAUGAUUCUUGAAGGGAAAAACAAAAGUCUGUCAUCUGGAAACGGAGACCAAAAAACGACUCCAGUGAUUAAAAUCAAGUUUCAGAGAUGUCAGCGUUCAGCAGUUGAUCAAUCCACCAUUGAACAUCUUCACAGCGAACAAAGUCCCUCUCUGGAGCUCAGCAGGAAGAGUUUUAUUUUUACUCCUGCAGGUAGAAAAAACUUUACAAAAGCUUGUCGUACGAGAAGAUGCCUUAUGCUGUUUUUGUCUUUAACCAUAAAUACAUCUUUAGUUUCAUCUGCUCAGAGUUAUGGCUUAUAAAGUGAUUCAUGUUGUUAGCAGAGAGGUUCCUGUGAAAGCAGGUUUGAAAUAUGAUGAAUGUGUAUCUGGCUGUAUUUUUCUGUCAAGUGAAUAAAAACUGAUUUAAUUUCUA